ACAUGCACACACUAAGCAGUGGGUGAGGUCUUGGUGUGACUGCCUCCACCAGGAAUGCAGUAGUGUGUGUUCUGAACUCACCACACACUGUACAGUCUCACCCAGGCUGAUCUGUCAGUUUCUCUCUACAUUCUGCCUGACAGAGAAACAGAAAGGCAGACACACGCACACACACACACACACACACACACACACACACACUGAUCAACUCUCAACACAUCAGAACUGAACAAGGAAAAAGAGAAGAUAAGUGGAUUUGUAUUUUCUUGGACACCUGCAGUCUUUAAGGAAAUGCCUGUCUGAAUCAGCUCCCGGUGAUAUCUCUCUCUGUUGUGGAUUUCCUGCUUACCUACUUUCUAACUGAACAAACUUCUUGUGGAUCAGGAUGGCGGACUGUGUUUGAACAUUUGAAUUCAACUCUAGCUCUACUGGAAGUGCCUUAGGCUGAUUUAAGUUUCAGAUUUGGUGCUGUAUUUUCAAGUCAAAUCUGUGUCUGUGGAGUUGAAGCUUCAUCAGAUUUUUAUUCCCUUUUCGAAACAUAUUUUUUUCUCAUUUACUUCUUUGGAUUACACAAAACAUCUAAAAUAUAUAAUGUUCAGCGAACUGCUGCUACACACACUGCUGAGGCUCAACAUGGCAUCUCCUUGCAUCACAUAGAAGAUAGAAGAUAAAAAAGUCAAUCCUUCUGCUGAGGUCCCCGCUGUAACCAUGGCGUCCCGGCAGAAGCAGCCCCAGGGGCGUAGCCUGUCCUCUCUGUUUUCUUGUUGCUUCAAAGGAAGUGAACAACCAGAGAUCACCUACUGCCAUGAUAACCUCAACACUGUGGCUAUGGAGCCCACCCUGCCCAUGCCCCCCCCUCAAGAGCUGGACUCUAUGUUCACUGAGCUGGUGGAUGAGCUUGGCCUCACAGAGGAGCACAGAGCUGCCAUGUUUUCUUUGCCAGCAGAGAAAAAAUGGCAGAUCUACUGUAGUAAAAGAAUGGAGGCAGAGGUGAAUAAGGGAGCAACCAGAUGGCCAGAGUAUUAUAUUGACCAGCUCAGGGUCAUGGCUGCUAGGAAGACUCUGCUGUCACUGGAGGAUGAUGAAGAGCAGGGAAGACAUUAUAUCGUGGAUGAUCUAAAGACAGCGCUUAGAACACAGCCAAUGAGUUUUGUGACACGAUUCAUUGAGUUGGACGGCCUGUCUUGUAUCUUGAAUUUCCUCAAGUCAAUGGACUACGAGACCACCAACUCUCAGGUCCACACCUCACUGAUUGGCUGCAUCAAAGCUCUGAUGAACAACUCUCAGGGCAGAGCUCAUGUCCUGGGUCACUGUGAGAGCAUUAAUAUCAUCGCACAGAGUCUCACCACUGAAAGCAUCAAAACCAAGGUUGCAGUGUUAGAGAUCCUUGGUGCAGUAUGUUUGGUGCCAGGAGGCCAUAAGAAAGUACUAGAAGCCAUGCUGCACUACCAGAAAUAUGCCUCAGAGAGAACACGCUUUCAGACCCUGGUGACAGACUUGGAUAGAUCCACAGGCCGCUACAGAGAUGAAGUUAAUCUGAAGACUGCCAUUAUGUCCUUCAUCAAUGCUGUGCUCAGCCAGGGAGCAGGAGAGACCAGUCUGGAGUUCCGUAUCCAUUUACGCUAUGAGUUUCUGAUGUUGGGCAUUCAGCCGGUCAUCGACAAGCUACGCUCCCAUGACAACGCCACUCUAAACAGACAUCUGGACUUCUUUGAGAUGCUGAGGAAUGAAGAUGAACUCCUGAUGUCCAAACAGUUUGAUGCUGUCCAUAUAGAAACUAAAAGUGCCAGCCAGAUGUUUGAGCUGAUCAGGAAGAAUCUGAGCCAUACUGAAGCCUACCCUCACCUCCUGUCUGCACUGCAGCACUGUCUCAUGAUGCCAUAUAAGCAGAACAGUACCACUCUUCAGUACUGGGUGUUGUUGGAUCGGAUAGUUCAGCAGCUGGUUCUGCAGACGGACAAAGGUGAAAACCCUGAUGUUGCUCCACUGGAGGACUUCAACGUGAAAAAUAUCGUGCGCAUGCUUGUCAAGGAGAGUGAGGUCAAACAAUGGAAAGAACAAGCUGAUAAAAUGAGAAAAGAGCAUCACAACUUACAGCAGCGGUUUGAAAAGAAAGAGAGGGAGUGUGAGGCCAAGAACAAGGAGAAGGAAGACAUGAUGGUCAUGCUGAACAAAAUGAAAGACAAACUGGAACGAGAGAGCAAUGAGAACAAGCAAGCUAAACAACAAGUGGCAGAACUUUCUGCUCAGCUGCAGCAGCUCAGCUCCACUUCCAGUGUUCCAGGAGGACCUCCUGUGACUUCUGGUAGUUUGGUUAUCCCUGGUCCUGUUCCGUCCGUCCCUGUUCCUCCUCCUCCUCCACCACCGCCUCCGCCUCCUCCAGGGGGCCCACCAGCUUUUGGUAUGGUUCCAAUUGCCCCACCUCCUCCACCAGGAGCUCCACUAAGCACUGCCCCGAAGAAGAAUAUUCCUCGGCCAGCUAACCCACUCAAGUCCUUCAACUGGAGCAAACUGCCUGAGAACAAGAUAGAAGGAACCAUAUGGAAAGAGAUCGACGAUCUCAAGGUGUUUAAAGUUCUGGAUCUGGAGGAGUUCCAGAAGACCUUCUCAGCUUACCAGAAACCACAAAAGGAUGCUGAGGAUGACCAUACUGUGGUUAAGAAAGUCAAGGAGCUGUCAGUGAUCGACGGUCGCCGAGCACAGAACUGUAACAUUCUGCUCUCACGACUGAAGCUGACCAAUGAAGAGAUCCGCCAUGCCAUCCUGACCAUGGACGAACAGGAAGACUUACCUAAAGACAUGCUGGAGCAGCUCCUGAAGUUUAUUCCUGAGAAGAGUGACGUCGAGCUUUUAGAGGAACACAAGCAUGAGCUGGACCGUAUGGCCAAAGCAGACCGCUUCCUUUAUGACAUGAGCAGCAUCAAUCACUACCAACAGAGACUCCAGUCUCUCUACUUCAAGAAGAAGUUUGCAGAAAGAGUGGCUGAGGUCAAACCUAAAAUCAAAGCUCUGAGUCUUGCGUCCAAGGAGGUGGUACAGAGUGGGUCCCUGUGUCAGCUCCUGGAGGUGGUUCUGGCCUUUGGAAACUACAUGAAUAAAGGACAACGAGGAAAUGCCUGGGGAUUCAAAGUGUCCAGUCUCAACAAGAUAGCUGACACCAAGUCAAGCAUUGACAAAAAUGUCACUCUGCUCCACUACAUGAUCACUGUACUGGAAAAGAAGUACCCAAAGGUGGCAAAUUUCGGUGAAGAGCUACAAAAUGUGCCAGAAGCUGCCAAAGUCAAUAUGACAGAGUUGGAGAAGGACAUUGGCAGCCUGAGAUCUGGCCUUAAAAGUGUUGAGGCGGAACUGAAGUACCAAAAGGACCAAACCUCUAAGAGUCCUGCAGAUAAGUUUGUCCCUGUGGUCAGUCAGUUUAUCACUGUGGCCUCCUUCAGCUUCUCUGAGGUCGAGGAAUCACUCAGUGAGGCCAAAGAAGUGUUGGUAAAGGCACUGAGACAUUUUGGAGAAGAUCCGUCCAAGCUGCAGCCGGAUACAUUUUUUGGGAUCUUCGACACUUUCCUCACAGCUUUCACAGAGGCCAGACAGGAGAACGAGAACAUCGCCAGACGCAAGGAGGAAGAGGAGAGACGGGCACUCAUGGAGGCACAGCUGAAGAGAGACAGGGAGGAGAAGGCAAGGAAAUCCAAAGCAAAUGAAGAAGAGGGUGGUGAGUUUGAUGACCUGGUGUCUGCUCUGCGCUCUGGAGAGGUGUUUGAUAAGGAUCUGUCCAAGAUGAACCGGAGAAAACAGAGAAGACAUGACCAGUUCGACAGCAGCCGGGAGAGGCCAGUAACAAAACUAAAUGAGUAACUGUUAAAGCCCUGCUUAAAACACCUGAAUACCUCGGUAACUCUGUGGAAGGCAUGGACUUAUUAUUUUCAUUUAAAUCCACAUUUGUAUUCAUGGGUCAUGGUUGUAUAUAGGGUACAUAUACAUACAUAUAUGUAUAUACAGUAUGUGGAAACAGUGCAACCAUUUUUGUACUUUGUUUAAGCCAUGCCCUGUAAAUGUUUAUAGGAGGCUACUGCCAGCUGUCAGUUAGCUAGCAUCCUACAAGCACCUCUAAAACUCAGUAGUCAACAUGUUAUAUCCCGCUUGGAUAAUCUGUACAAAAAAACCCCCAAAAUCUAAAAAAUUGGUUUUAUAGGGUUUAUGUGCAAGACUAUAACUUGAUGGAAUGCAGUGGCUUCCUGGAGUCUCUGGUUGGUUGCGUGGCAAUGUCACGGUAAUGACAAGACAACUAUUAAAGAAGGAGGGGUUAUUACAUCAUGGCGACAGCAUUUGAAUUUUUCAUUCAUAGUAUACACUGCUUACAGUUACAUUUAUUUUGUAAUUUAAUUACAUGUAACUAGUUCAUAUAAGUAGUAACUCGCAAAUACUGUCUCUAACAUUACAUAAUGAUGCAUGACCAAAUGGGGCAGGUCAAAUCAAUUGUCACUCGGUACGUUUACAUGACAUCCGACAAAAAUCAAUUUAUUGUGUUAGUCCGACUAAAACCGGACUUUUAAAAUACAUAUACACAUUUUAGUACUACUGAAAUCGUACUAAAUUGAAUCUCUCAAAGUCAGACUAACACACAGAGAUAAUGUGACUGGGAGUUGAAUUACUCCUGCAUGUAUACAGUUAGUCGGUCCCAAACUGGCCUAGGUGCUCUGCGCAUGCUCCACAGUUGCCACUGGAGGUCGAUUAGCAGUAAAUGCUCAAUGGAAGCAGAACACAGUAACAACAUGUUGAGAUCUAUCCAGAGCCAUGCACAUUAGGAUGGAUGAAAUACAGCUAAAGAGUUGCAAAGUUGUCCACCAUGGUACCAGUUUGCUGCUAGCUAGCCGUAGCUAACUAGUUUGAUUGUUUGGUCUGUGACGUAAUAGGUCGACUAGAGAAAGGUCCAGUACUAACAAGCUGAAAGGGGGCAUAGCUCCACCUGUCAUAGCAGAGUCUGAUAUACUUCAGUCAAUAAAUUGAUUCCCCUUCUGCACUUGUAUACUGGGACAAGGACAGCAGUCCAAUCAAAUGGCCUAGUCGAGCUGUAACCAUAGCUCCACUUAACUGCGCAUGUAAACGUACUGACUGUUUACACAUUAUAACCAGAACAAUUCAUCAGUGGCUCUGAUUAAAACGGGCUGUACUCAGUGAUAUGGCCUGUCAGAGUUAGGUAAAUAUCCUUAAGCCAAACUAAACCUUGCUGCAAUGCUAUAAUGCCCUGCAGUUUGCCUCCGUGAUAGACACUCAUACUUAUCAUUUAGCCUGUAUUAUUAGCUGACAAUAAAUAAAUUAGAAAGGCUUCAAUAUUUGCUGUCACUCACUAGCACUGCAGCUCCCAAACUGACAGAAACAAAGUAUGAGAAUUUUUUCUUACUAACGUUAAAGGUUUUAUCUCUAAAUGUAAUGUCACAACAGAGAUAUCACUAUGUAAUGUUAGCUAAACAAAGUGCAAAUAAUGGACAAGACUAUAUUUUGGCCAGUAGCGUCAUCUUCUGACAAUAACUGAUUAUCAUUGACAGUUUGAAGGUGGGUUAGGUAUUGAAAAGAAAACACAAUGUACAUGUACCAUACUACCUGCUGUUAGAAGAAAAGGAGAAUGGCCCAAAUGUAUGUUUCCAUGUUACAGAGUGAUGUAAUGACCCUUCCUUCUUUUACAGUUUCCUUACAAGACUCCAGGAAGUUGAAAACAGUUACUGUGCCCAUCAAAUUGUGUUUUGCUAAGAAACAGUACAAGCACAGAACUAUACCUAAGAUCACAAACUGUCAGUUGAGAACAAUGCAAAUGAAAGCUGUAGAGGUUUUGGGAGGCGUAACGUGACAGUUUUCAGAGCCAGGCUAGCUUUUCUCCCCUGCUUUCAGUCUUCAUGCUAAGCUAGGCUAACCACAUCAAACAAACCACAUCAGACAAAGGGACCACAGAGUUUCCCUUUAGUUUCCCCCAUUUUUAUAAAUGUUACGUAAAACGAUUACUUACUUUUAGGCUGUGUGUGUGUGUGUGUGUGUGUGUGUGUGUGUGUGUGUGUGUGUGUGAGUGAUACAUGUGGCUGCAACUAAGUAUCAUGUUUUUGAGUGUCAAGCAUGGACAAUGAAUGGUUGUCUUACAGAAUGUAUUGCUUCAUCAUGUGUUCAGAAUGUAUCUGUCUAAGAUAUUUUACAUAAUAUAAUAUAAUAUAUAACUGAUGAGUGAUGCUGAUUCAUAACAUGGGAUAGAUUGGAUAUGGAUGAAAUGUGUUAUUGUUUUAUUUGCAAUAUAUUUCUUGAGCUGGUUGAACCUUUAAUGUGUGGUGUCAUUGGUUACAGACAACAGCAGACACUGGGACUGUCUACAGACACAAUUUGUAACUGUCAUUUAUGUAACAUAAUGAAUGUAUCUAAAUGUCUGAUCUGGAGCAGAAAACAGUUCAUGUUUGUGCUGUUACUGUACAAUAAUUGCACAAUAAUAAUUUCCAAAACAGUCUCAGUCUGCAGACUGAUUUUGAGUAUUUCUAUGUGCUUUUAACAGGAAGCUUUUGUAAGAGAGAGAGACACUGUAUGUGCUCUCAGACAGAAUAUGUAAUAAAUUAUAGUGUUAUAAUAUCCCCUGUAUAUUUGCCCAAGUUUGCACACCUCUAGUUCAUUCGUGAACUCCUUUAUGAAUGUAAACAAAUCUGAAAGUUCAUCAUCUCAAACAGUUAUUGAUGAUUGAUGUACAAUGAUGAAAAAUGGAUGAUUUAUUAACUGUUGAUAUUAAAGUACAGUACAGUUUCAUCUCUGUAAAAUGUUUGUUGCUGGCUGUCACACUCUACUCCAGCCAUUCUAAGCAUUUAAUCUUUGAUGACAAUUUUUUAAAUGGCAAAUUUUGUAUUUGGUGUGGAUUGGAUUCCCUAUAAACAGUUGAUUAGAAUUAUUCUUCUCUAACCGAGGAUCAGUAUUAUCACUUGAUACAGGUAAAUAGUUAAGUGUGAUAUGGGUGAAAUGAUGAAGUCACAGGAGUAUUAUUUAUAAGAAGUCCCAUAACAAACAAAGCUUGUUCCCCGGCAGCUGUAGCUUGUCCAUGUGUCUUACUCACUUAUGGGCUGGAGUGGGUUUGGUGAAAAAGCUGAGGAAUGAGUGUGUUAUUCAGCUGCAGACAGGGCACUCAACGAAAUAUAGAAAGGGGUAUCAUAUUUGUGUUACUGCUUAUUUUAAGAAUGAGUGUAAUGUUCUGCAUUUGAACAGAAGGCACCUGGGUCAGUUUUGAGCACUACUAUCGCUGGAGUAGGAAGAAUACUGGAAAAGGCGUGCUGUAAUGUAGUCUGUAGUGGCAGGGAGGGAGCAAGACCAAGGGUCUAGCUAAUUUGAAGCUGCGGCUGAAGGCUUUUGCUCUGGUUAGCAGGAGGCUAAACUAUUAGCAACAUUUUCUCUCCACCUCUGAAAAGCUUUGCUGAUAUCAACAUGAUUUAUUUUGUUCAUUGUCGGGCUCUCUUUAAGACUCUCUUUUUGAUCAGUUCAUCUUCCUUUAUUGGGUUGCUUUGCAGUGUAGGCAAUUGUUGCCAAUGCUGGAAUAACAACUUCUUCUGCAGGAUUCUUCACCACUGAAUCAGGCUUUCACCAUCUGAAGGGACGAGCAAGUGCAUCUUCAUGGACAAAGUCUCCCAUCACAGAUUUUCUAAAUCCUGUAAACAGAGCCAAGAGGAGGAGCAGUUUUCUCUCACACCACUUGAAUUACAAUAUGUUCAAAGUUUUGCCCAAUAACGCCGAAAUAAAACUGCCUACCCCAGCUGUAGGACUGCCCGUAUCCAUCUGUCUGUGUAGAGAAUGUGGCCUUUGGAGUUGAAUGGCCUCUUUGGUUGAAACUGACACUUAACUCAUAUGUUCCAUUAUCUGGGAGCCAUUUACAUCAUAACAUGACAUUUUUAUUCCAAGACCUCAGAGGACUGUGAUGCUUCUUACUGAAGGGAGAAUGAUUCCAAUACAGGCACAAAUCUGUCCAGAAUGUGUGAGUUUCUAAACCAUGUGGGAUAUUUGGAUUCUUUGAUUUAAUGUAUAUAAAACGUAUAAUGCUUGUUCUAUCUGUGCCGCUGGCAACAAUUAAUGCCACCUAUGUCAAGCUCCCUAAAUGUUACUGAAAUUUCUUCAGUUAAUAAAAGUGGGAAUAAUGAUAAAUCUA